AUGUCUUGCUAUGACCUGUGUCCUACCACCUCUUGUGGCCCAACCCCACUUGCCAACAGCUGCAACGAGCCCUGCGUGAGGCAGUGCCAGGAAUCCACGUACGUGAUCCAACCCCCUCCCGUGGUGGUCACCCUGCCUGGACCCAUCCUCAGCUCCUUCCCCCAGGACACCGCUGUGGGAUCUUCCACUUCUGCAGCCGUGGGCAGCGUCCUCAGCUCCGAGGGGGUGCCCAUCUCCUCUGGCAGCUCCUCAGGGUUGGGGAGCUUUGGCUACCCAGGGCUGGGCAGUGGCUACAGCCGGCCCUCCCGUCGCUACAACACCUACCGCAGUGGCUUCUACGGGCCGUGCUAA